AUGGACAACUGGAGAAGAAUUGAUAUAGAUGCGUUUGAUCCCGACAGCGGCAGGUUGACCGCCCAGGAUCUGAUACCUCCAAACGAGGUCCCAGUGACCCUGCAGGAUAUACAACCAAAGAUCUCUCAGCUACGCUCUCUGGCCUCAAGCGGCGACAUGACCUCUGCUAUCCAAUUGGCUGUGAACGAUCCCCCAUACGGUGCCGAUGACAUUACAAAGGCAACGUACUUCCGGGCCGUGCUGGAGGCCCUUACACAAGUCAGACAGUCUGAUAUCACAACGAUCGUCAAACAGCUGACAUCCAAGCAACAAGAUGUGUUGGUAAAGUACCUGUAUAAAGGUAUGUCAGUUCCGGAGGGUCAAAAACAGGGAGGCAUCCUAUUGGCAUGGUUUGAAAGGCUGACGCAGACUGCUGGCGUCAAUCCAAUCGUCCACUACCUCUCAGAUAGACAAACAGUAUAA